ACCAACACGAGCACAUUUGUUUGGACAUUUGCAGAUUUCAGGGAUCAAAGCAACUUGCAGUCUCCGAUUCAAUGGCAUUGGAUGUCAAUAAAAUUGCCAAUGACAUAAUGCAAAACAUCAACAACGUAAGAGUUGAUGUUGAGCCAUCUCCAAAGCAGGCUUCCAUCUUCAAAGUUCCCGAAGAUCUUAGAACUGGAUAUGAGGAUGCCUAUACUCCUUCUUUGAUUUCAAUUGGCCCAAUCCAUCAUGAUAAAGAAAAAUUGAAGCCAAUGGAAGAGGAAAAAUCCAACUAUCUUAAAUAUUUCCUUCAACGUCGAUCAUCAGAGAGUCAAGUGCAACAUUACUUAGAGAUCUAUUUGGCCAUGAUUUAUUUAAACAAGGCAGAGUUUGUGCGGAUGAUAUUGUUUGAUGCCAUCUUUAUCAUAGAGCUCUUUCUGCGAAAACAGAAAGGACAUGAAUUCCAUGAUGAUCCCUUGUUUACCAGAACUAGGAUUAAAAAGAGCAUUGAGCGAGAUUUGCUACUAAUUGAAAACCAGAUUCCAUAUUUUGUCUUGGAUAACUUGUACCAUCUUAUACCUGGGAAUACAAGUAAAGGACAUUCAAGUUUUAUGGAGCUUUCACGCAACUACUUUAAGAGAUAUGAUCCAUUUCCUUAGAAGUCUAUAACUGAAAUUAACAAAGGCAAUAUGUUGAAGCAAGGAUGGGAAAAACCAAAUCAUUUCACAGAUUUGAUUAGACAUCUUUUUGUUCCUCAAGAUUUGUGUCGUGACGAUGAUCUUGCUCC